GUUUCGAAGCACCCGGCGAUAUAAACCAUCACCCCUCCGAACCUAAUCUGAGACGUAUAGCCGCCAUAUUUCAUCAUGUUCGAGAAGCUCAGUCUCCGAAUUCCGUACCCUCCACCACAAGAAGGAUUUUGGGGACAACCAACUUCCACUUUAAACUGGUGCGAGGAAGACUAUGUCAUCAGCCAUUACGCUGCGGAAAUCACCAACACUUUGACCAACCUGUUAUUCAUGGCGCUUGGCGUUCAGGGAGUGCGGACUUGCCUCAAGUACGAACAUGACAUGGUCUUUGUCAUCGCAUACCUGGGCUAUUUGCUAGUAGGCUGCGGUAGUUUUGCUUUCCACGCUACGUUGUCAUAUCCAAUGCAGCUCGUGGACGAGCUUUCCAUGAUCUAUACAACAUCCAUCCUCUGUUAUGCAAUCUUCACACACGACAGGUCUCGCUUGUUCUCGAUACUCCUCGGGAUCGGACUCGUUGUGCUAUCCAUUUCAAUUACAGCAUAUUACCACUACAUUCAAGACCCUUCAUUCCACCAAAACGCCUUUACCAUCCUUUUUCUUGCUACAGUGUUCCGAAGUCUGUACACGAUGGAAGCAAUCUUGCGUCCCACGUUGAGCGACAAGUACGCAAACAACUCCCGCAGGACUUCGCUCUCAGACAAGGAAGCGCUAUAUUCCUCUAUUCGAAUUGAUCAGGCUAUAAUUCGUGAGAUGCGAUGGAUUGUGGCCAUGGGGUUCAUCACCUGUGCAGCAGGUAUUGCCGCCUGGACACUUGACAACUUACGCUGCGGUGAUUUUGUCCAGUGGAGACAUCGAGUGGGACUGCCAUGGGGUAUACUCCUUGAAGGCCAUGGGUGGUGGCACCUGAUGACUGGGCUGGGAGUGAACUACUUUAUUACCUGGGGUAUUUGGCUUAGGCAUUGCUUGAACGGCUUGCAAGAACAAUACAUCUUGCAUUGGCCACAUAAGCUAUUCUCCCUCCCAGUUGUCGUUCCCUCGCCUGAACACGCACGAUACCUAAAGCUACAGCAUGUAGAGAAUGAUGCCCUCGGGGGUACUGGCUUGGAGAAAAAGCAGCUGUAAUCGCUUAUGAUGGACUCUAGAGUACCUAUGUAACGGAAGAAGCAGGUGUAUAUUGGCAAAACAUGAGCUUCGGCCUCAUGGCCAAGAGUCAUGGAGGCACAAAUCUAACACAUAUU